AUGAGGUCACCCCGAGAUCUCGAAGCACCUCCGCAUCAGUCGACGAGAAAACAAACCGCACCCCAUAAAUCAGGGUUCGCGGAACGUCCAGCGGCGAACGAGAGUUACCGCGGCCAAUCACGGCGCGACGCGGGCGCACCCCGUUGCGUUCUUUAUUCCACGCAUGCGCACGAAUAUAUCAACGAGUCAAAAGGGUUUACGUAUCUUGUAUUCGUCAUCGUUAGGAUGCGUCCACCAAUAAAUACAGCGUCCACGAUGCUUUCUCCACACGAAGACGACGAUGAUAGCCACCUCUGCAUCAAAUGCAACGCCACAAUCAUCGGCCUCGACAAUUACGUGAAACACCGAAAGGAGAGAUGUGGAAAACUGAAAAACGCCGAAAAAACCGUGAUCUCAACCAUCGAUCCUCUAGAACCUUCCUACAGCCUCGGCGCUGACGUCUUCUUUCAGUCGCUAGAGCUUCAAAGCAGUGUCAAGAAGUCAUCAUCGCUUGCCCGAUUAACGCCUCCGACUCCGAUUUACAAAACGAGUUCGGAUAGAAAGAGUACCUUGACAAUCGCCUCAACAUCGCGAGAUAUACCCCGUAUGAGUCCUUUAGAAAAUAAUUUAAGAGGCGAAGAUUGGAUAGGUGGACACAGCUUGAAACUGGAAACAAGUGAAGAUAACCAAUUGAAGCUAAUCAAGGCCGUGGCGAGUAUUAGUGGCGCGGCGAAGAAAGAUCUACCAGCUAGUUCUUACAGUAUCAACACGUAUAAUGAUUUCAAAGCUGACGACGACUUGGAGGAAUCAGAAGAUUCGGAAGACGAAGAUGAAGAAGAAACUCAGCAUGGAGCGAAGUGGAAACCUCCACCCAAUUACACGGGGGGCAAAUGGCGUCCUGCUUCGCCAGAAAAUGAUGUUUGGGAACCGCUUACUAUUGAAUCUCAUGAAAGAGAUGAUGAUUACGAUGCCCCACCCCCUGGCCAUACAAAAGGCAAAUGGAUACCGGGGCACGAAAAGACUCAAAUAAUGCAAACAACUAUUCAAUCAAAAGGCUCGGUACAAUAUUGGUGUGGCCCUUGUAAUCGUAGACUCGGGUCUCGAGCUAUUUAUGAUAAACACUUAAUGUCCAAUUUGCACAUGAAGAAGGUCCUCCCAGAACACGAGUUGGAGUUUGCGGGACCUUUAGAGCCAUUGCGAAAUAUCACAGAGAAACGUUCAACACGCUCUGCACUGAGUAACACCUGCGUAGUUCAAAAGCAGAAGCAGAAGUGCGAGAUAGAUGCCGUUAUAAAAAAGAAAAGAAAAAGAAAGCCACUAUUCGUACAGUGUUCCGGUUGUAAGUCGCGUGUCAGGCUACAUUUAAUGGGCAAACACCUGAUAUCACACUAUCACUUUAGAAAGGCCACAGACACAAAGAGUGAUGAUUACAAACAGCUUAUCCUGGAUAACAUGGACGCUAUAGUCCAUCAAUCACCGUUCCAAUGCAGUCCAUGCAAGUUUUACACCAAUUGGCUCUCCAACUUUAUGCAUCAUUGGUAUUCUGAAGAACACGAGAUAAACGUUGCGGCCAUGAGCGGCAAGUUCUGGUGUUCUUUCUGUAAAUUUGAGUGUGUCGCAUCCCACGAGAUGCUAGAUCAUUUAUCUAGUUCUGAACACUCGGAAGUCGUGGCCGUCAUCAAUAGAUCGAUGCCUAUAAUAAUCAGGAAGAAAGCGAUUAUUAAAUGUCAGACGUGCGAAUUGGAGUUCCGGUACAACUUCGAAGUUAAAAAACACUGUGAGAAAACGGGGCACGCGGUGCCACAUACAACCACAGACUUCUAUCAGGAACUGCACAAGUGUCAACAGUGUGGCAAGAAAUUUAAGUCGUCUGUGACGUUAUGUUCACAUUUGAAAUCAGAACACAAAGCUAAGGUGUUCUUUUGUCUCGUUUGUUCAAAAGUGUUUGAGUCUUCGUUAGAAGCGAAGCAGCAUAGACGAACGUCAGAACAUAGAGUUCGAACAAAAGAGAAACUUAUAGCUCGUGGAUUGUGCUCGAAAGACCUUCGGAAAAAGUGCCCUUAUUGUCCUGGAAAGUUGUUCUUGACAAACAUUAUCGAACUUCGUGAUCACGUGAAAUGUAUUCAUCCAAACAUUAAGAAAAAAUGUUCCAAGUGUGGGAAGGCUUUUAUUCUUUCACAAGAAGUGACUCAACACAUUCGAAGUAAUUCCUGCUUCCUUGAACCUAACUCUAACAGACCAGGUCUGUGGAACUGUAGCCAAUGUCUCUUCACCACGGAUUCACAAGCAGAAUGCUUCUUCCACGAAGUGCUGCACACGAAACCGAUAAUUCUAGAAGGAAACAAGAGGACAAUUAAAUAUACCUGUCCUCUAUGCAAUAAGGACUUCAAAAAGCAGUCUUUGCGAGAGCAUUUAAGACAACACACCUUCGAAAGGCCGUUCGCUUGUUCCGUAUGUGGUGCUAACUUUACAAGACAGAGUAGUCUUAGUAAUCAUAUGAAGACGAAACACGAGAAAUCUGAUAGCAAUGAAAUUGUCAAGAGGAGAAUAGAUUUCCGCUGCCAGAAGUGUAAGAAGAAAUUUAAUGAUGAGGAGGCGUUCAACAGGCACGCAACAUCAUGCCAGGUCUUUGAAUUACGAUGUUCUGAAGAGCAGUGCACUUUCGUUGCCAGCACGCUGUCACAGAUGUUCAGGCAUCGUAAGGGACACGGAAUAUCUAAAGUUCAUGAAUGUGCCGAGUGCGAUUUCAAAACGGACCAAAUAAGCCAUUUAAAGAGACACUUAGUGUGCCAUAAAGGAUUAAAACCAUAUUCUUGCCCCCAUUGUGAUUUUACGUGUGCCAGUUUGGAGAAUCUACGCAAACAUGCUCUGAAAGGCAAAAAGCAUCCUGGAUUGUAUCUAUACCGCUGCAGUUCUUGCGAAUAUCAAACGAAUUUAGCUUCAGAUUUACGAACACACUACAUUACAAAGCACAGUGAUAAGUAUGAUCUUAAAACAGCAAUUGACGAGGUCAAAAAUCAAUUAAAAAUUGUGAAAACUUGA